AUGGCGAAGUCUGUGAGAGUUGGAAAUGAUACUUCUAGUGUUUACGAUAAUUUUUGCUAUGUAAAUGAACGCCCUGUUGAUGAUAUAUCAUUAGAAUUUUUUUACAAACCUCAUACUAUUACUUUGUUGACUGUGGCGGUUGGUGCUGUCUUGUAUUCUGUGUUUACUCGGAAUGAUGAUAACAUUCAGAACAACAUCUGGGAUGGAAUUCGAUGCAUUUGCUUUUUCUUCUUGAUAAUCAGUGUUUUAGCUUUUCCGAAUGGGCCGUUUAUCAGACCACAUCCUGCAAUAUGGAGAUUAGUGUUUGGUGUCAGUGUCAUCUAUUUACUUGGACUUCUCUUCUUGUUAUUUCAAAGCUAUGAUACUGUGAAAGGGAUUAUGUAUUGGUUUUAUCCUGAACUGAUUGAAUUUCGAAUUGAUACAGAAAAAGAAUAUGGAGUAAACUGCUCAGACAUAACUUUUGAGCGUGUAUGGAGUCAUGUGGAUGUUUUUGCUUUUGGCCAUUUUUUUGGUUGGGCAAUGAAAGCUAUGUUAGUGAGACAUUAUGGCAUUUGUUGGACAAUAAGUGUCACCUGGGAAAUCACUGAGGUUGCAUUUGCUCAUUUAUUGCCAAAUUUUGUGGAAUGUUGGUGGGAUGCUUUAAUACUUGAUAUUCUGCUCUGUAAUGGUAUUGGAAUCUACCUUGGUAUGGUGUUAUGUCGCAAAUUAGAAAACGAAACUUAUGAAUGGGAAAGCAUUAAGUCUAUUCCAAGUACUAAGGGAAAGAUUCGUCGAGCUGUUCUUCAAUUUACUCCUGCUAGAUGGUUAGAUCCUAACUGCACUUACAUGCGUUUUUUUGCUGUCUACCAAUUGGUAUUUUUUUGGCAGGUAUGUGAUUUAACUUUUGAAAAUUAAACCACAUUUUUCUUAAAACAUAUUUUUGAGAUUCCACCAGGUCAUCCCUUAAGUGUGGGAAGAAUAGCGUUGAUUGGAUUGAUUGUGGCUCCUACCUUAAGGCAGUAUUAUAGUUAUGUCACUGAUCCAAGGUGCAAGAGAGUUGGUACACAAUGUUGGGCUAUCACAUUGACUGAAGCCAUAAUCUGUGCAAAAUUUGGUUUGGAACUUGUUGCUAGAACUCAAGUUCAAAAUAUUCUACUUUGGUUGCUCAUUCAGUUGGUGAUGACAUUUAUUUGCCUCUAUAUCUGUGUUCUUGUUGCUAAAGGAAAUCAGUCAGUAUCAGAGUGUGAUAUUAAUAAAGAUAAUCAACCUUCCUUGAUUCAGGAAGAAAGUGUGAUAAAAUCCUCAAGUCAUCAUCACAGCAAGGCUGUUAAAAGAAAACUAAGGGCUGCCAAUGGCCCCAUGAAGAACUAG